CCUGAACUUGUUCACUGCCUCACCAGUGACGCGGCGAUGAAUCAAGUCAGCGCAUUUCAACGGAGAGCAGAUGUUUGAAGACCAAAUAUCAACCACUUUCAGUCCGAUAAGGUCGUUAUUCCUCAACCCGACCUAUUUGCAUUUUUCCAAUCCUGGGACGAAGAACCAGAACUGUCUGCUUAAAGCAAAUCUGACCUAACGCCGCAAAUCGAAAUCAUGCCCUCCCGUGCGAGUGCCCUGAACACCUACCGGCAAGACGAGCGCUUAGGAUACAAGCUGCUGACACCCGAGGAGAGGAUACGACUCCUCAAGCCGUACCUCCCACCACCACCCUCCCGGUCCCGGUCCAAGUCCCGAACCGAAUUGUCGAGAGCACGCGAAGAAAAAAAGGCCAAACUUGGUGUGCGCCGCUUCCUCCGGCGUCAGUACCAUGUGCUUGUCUUCGCCGUCAUCCACAUCUUCUUCUCCGUAUACAUCCGCCUCCGACAGGCUUACAAUGCCGUCGUGAACCGGAUAUACUCGAUCUACUACCACCACCACCGGACGCCCGAGCUGAUACGACGCGAUGUAAAGGGGCUUCGGCGGCUACCCAAACACCUCAGUGUCAUCUUGACGUUGGAGGACCAGAGACACAGCGGGGCCGGGCUAGAGAGGUUGAUCAACGAGGUGACGGAUGUUGCCGCAUGGUGCGCCAGCGCGGGGAUUCCUCAGCUGUCGAUAUAUGAGAAGACGGGCAUCCUCAAGGGAUACAUCAAGGAUACGCACGAGGCCAUCUCGCAGAAGCUUCACUUCUACUUUGGUCCCAACUGCCCGUCCAUGAGUCUCGGGGCUCCGCACAUUCCCGCGCUCGAGUCGUCUGUCUCUUCGGACGGGACUGACAUGAUCAAUGGCAGCAGCAGCGACGAGGACGAGGGUGAGCCCAGACAGCACAUCUCGAUCAUGCUCAUCUCGGCCGAGGACGGACGGGACUCGAUGGUCGACCUGACCAAGACGCUGGCCGAGAUGUCGCAGCGUAAGAAGCUCAACUCGGCCGACAUCACCACGGAGCUCGUCGACGCCGAGCUGACCGAGAGCGUCAUGUCGGAGCCCGACUUGCUCAUCCUAUUCGGGCCGCACGUCGAGCUGGCGGGGUAUCCGCCGUGGCAGAUCCGGCUGACCGAGAUCUUUCACGUGAGAGAUAACCAGGGGGUGGGAUACCAGGUGUUCUACCGGGGCUUGCGAAAGUUUGCGCAGGCGCAGAUGCGGAAGGGCAGGUAAUCUCGGCGAGUUUGUUUAGCGGGGGUGGGGGGUUGUUUGGGGAUGAGAGCAGCAUGCGUGGUUGGAAUCUGUGAUGAAGCAAGCAGUAUUCGUAUCGUAUAGACUCUAGAGCGGGAUGGAUCUCUUGUUAAUGGUCCAGGUUAUUGGUGUCAAAGAGCACCUGACUUAAUGCUGUUCUCUGAUUACUGGUCAAGAGCGGUAAUCAGAGAUGCUUCAACUCAAUCAAUCCCCACCAAACCACGGGACUCUUACUAUUUACGCCAAGUAUGUGACAG